AGAGCUCAACAUUUCACUCUGACCACUUGACCACAGUGUUGCAGACAUGGCUGGACAAAGUUUUGUCAGGAAAAGUUUGCUAGUUCUUUUGGUUCUUCACAACGUGUCAUCAGACUUUGCCACAGAGAUGUGUUCCAACACCAUUCUACCUGGAUCCAAAGGUGACCCAGGUGACGUGGGAGACAGAGGAGACGAGGGAAGACAAGGGAAAACCGGUCCCUCCGGACACCGAGGUCCCUGUGAUGUCACUGGCCUUCCAGGAGACACUGGAGAGAAGGGGGCGGCUGGCCGGGUGGGGAAGCUGGGUCUUGCAGGAGAGAGAGGUGAGAAAGGGGAACGUGGGAUAGUUGGUCCUCCAGGCCUCAAGGGAAAAUCAGGCACCACCUGCGACUGCGGCAGAUACAGGAAGGUCGUUGGCCAGAUGGAUGUCAACAUAGGCAAGCUGAAAAGUGCUGUUGCAUUCGUGAAACAUGUGGUCCUGGGAAUUAAGGAGACAGAAGAGAAGUCCUACCUGCUGCCGAGGGAGGCUCUGAGGUACCGCGACGCUGUUGCAAACUGCAGACUGCGUGGCGGUGUCCUGGCCGUGGCAGAGAACACAAACGCCACGGCCCUUCUGGCUGGCUAUGUCGCCGAGGCCGGCCUCACCCAUGCACUUGUCAACAUGCUGCCGCUGGAGGCUGGCGGGGACCCCACGGCGGGGGUCUCCCAUGGCAAUGCCACAGGCGAUGGCCCGCAAGGGGCGAUCAGCAGUGGCUGCCUGCAGAUGGGCUCAGAUGGCACGCUGAGCUGGACGGAAUGUGACGCCAUCAAAUAUUUUAUAUGCGAGUUUCCAAAAAAAUAAUAUGACUGGUUAUGUCUGGUGUGAUGGGAUUUGUAGUUCUGAGUAGCGCUGUCUUUUUGCUAUGAAACUGAUGCUUCUUAUGUAACUUCUGGUACAAUGGGGUGAAGUAUCACAAGAAAGAAAUGUUUUCCUUCAUUUCUGUCCCAUUCUCAUUGUAAAAAUCUUAUUCUAAACUUGUUAUAUCAGGAGUUGCACAUCUGCUUGACAGACAAUCAAAAACAACAAUUGAAUAUUACACUUCUAAACAUAUUUUAGUAAGCUAAAUAAAAUGCAUAAAAUCAA